ACCUCCCACCUCCCACCUCCUCCGCAGGAUUGAAGCUGCGGUCCUCAGGCAUCUGUUUUGGUACGUUGUGUUGGUCUUAUGGAGGGACUAUUGCAGCAUCAGAACUCCACCGCCUCGUUUCAGAAGAAUUACAAGAGCUGCAUGUGGGACUGGCUUCGGAUCUUUGACUUACAACAUCGUCUCAGUGUGAGGAGGCUGCUUGAGGAUGACGGUCAUGGCAAUCGCAGACACGUCAGGAGAGUUAAAAUCCCAGAAGUGCAUGUUCCUGUAAGUGUAGAUGAACAUGACAACUUGGAUGAUGAAACCAAGCUCCUGAUUGUAAACAAGGGCAGCCAAACAAAAAAAAGUUCAGGAAAGGCUCUUGUUAGAGCUUUGAUUUUCAAAAAAAUGUUUAGGAAGCAUAAUCAGAAGCAAAAGAUGCUACCUGUGAAGCCACGCCUGAUGCGCACCAUUUCCAUACAUCACUUGGAAUGCAGUGAUUAUGUUCUUCCAGUGGAAAUGGCUUCUGACACUGCUACCCCGAAAGUUGAUUUCCGUUCACAAAAGAGUGAUUCUUCUGAAAGCCAUGAACAUGAUCAACUUCUGCCUGCAAGUAAAAAGCAUCAAGUAUGUGGAACAAUAAAACAUGUUAAUCAUGUUAGCCACACUGACCUUACUCAAUCAACUGAAAAGCAAGCAAAUCACUGGGAUGCCUUUUCAAAACAGAUGGACUCGUUUGAGGAGUUGGGAAGAGAUGUGUUCCAGUCUAAUGAUUUGAUCAGUACAAAGGAGUUUAUUAAUGGGCAGGGUGAGUCAUUCCUGGGAAUUGUUGAAGAACCAGACAUUUUGUUGGAAAAUUAUUUACAGAAUCUUCAUAGGUGUAGCUCUGAGAGAGCAUUAAUGAAGUCUGGCUCAUCCCCCAUGGUUGGCUUGUCAGCUAAAAGGCACAAUAAAUCACCCAACGAUCACCUUGUUAACCAAGAAGUGAAGUCCCUGGUUCAGAAAUCAGAACCUGCAGUUGUUGACAAGUAUAAUGCUUACUAUAAUUCAGAGUUUUCACCCAGAUCUUUUCUUAAGCAUACAAAACAAGGAGAUCAUGGAACUCUUUUAAGUCAUUCUAGGACUGUUAAGAAAAAGUUAAAGGAUGUAUUCAAUGAGAACAGGAAGGAGCAUCUUCAUAUUUCGAUGGAUGGGCUUCUGCAUAAAAUCCCUUAUGGCCACACAGCAUCUGGGAAUGUCAUGAAAGAAAAGCUAUUCCGAUCUGCCUCAGCCAGACAUUUCAAAGAAAGCAUAGAAGACAAUGUUAGUAUUCCUCCGAAAGCACACCCACAUCAGAGUUUUAGAAGAUCUCGAUCUCUUACUGAGUCAUACAAAUAUUCUCAUGUGUUUGAGUCCAUUUUAACCAGUGAAUCCAAAAGGCUGCAAGAAAACUUGACCUCGACUGAUGUGGAUUUUGAGUUGCAGGAUCAGACGGCACAAAAGGUCUUUGAACAAAUUCACUCUAAUCCUGAAUUCAACUCCUUUCGCUGUAAGGAUGUCCCAAAUGAACCAUUACAUGGAGCUCUGUUGUCAGAAGCGGCAAUUAGCAAUCCUUUGAAUGGAGACGAGGCAAUUGACGUCCAUACUCCUGCUGAGCCAGAGUCAGGAGAUUCACUGGUGAAUGUGAAGGAGAGCAUUGAACCUGGUGUCAUUCUAGAACAAACUCUUGAUGUACAUGCUAGUGGGAAUAUUUAUGGAGGACUAGAAUUACCACUGAUCGUUAGCAAACUUACAGAGACAGAGACAUGCAGGGUUUCAUGGACGUCGAACAUUGGUUGUAUCCCUUUGCCUAAUGAGUUGUCUGUGGACCAACAAGAAUCUCAUAUUGAGCUUCACCAGAGUGAAGAAGUACAUGAAGUUUCAGAUUCACCACAGACGGGCAAUAGCCAUGUUGCGCAUGAGCAUGCGCUGGAAGUAGAUUCAAAUGAUGAGUCAACUAAACCAAGGCCAACCUCUGUUUUUCAACUAAAUUCUGAAGAUGAUCUUUUGAAACCUGCAAAACAUGAGUACUUAGAAGAUUCAGAGACUGAACCAAGAAACCUCCAUUUUGAGGAAGUCGAUUUGUUGGCCAAAAGACAUAAUUUGUCGGUUUUUAAAGUAUCUGAUGAGAUGGAUCCUGCGGAAUCUAAUUUUGGUAAAAAGCAGGAGGAGGCUUUUGCAAAUGUUGGCAAGUUCCACAUUCAAGUGGAUCAAAAGGAUGAGGCUGAUUUCAACUAUGUUAGGGAUGUAUUGAGAAAAUCCGGAUUCAAUGGUUUCGAGUUUGUUGGUGCACAACACUUCCCCAGUCAACUAGUCGGCCCCUUACUAUCUGAUGGACAUGAGGUUGCAUCAUAUGAUUAUGAUGAUCUCUCUCCUGAGCACCAGCUCCUUUUUGAUCUAAUUGAUGAGAUCUUAUUGGAAAUGUCAGAAAAAUAUUCUACCGGUAGAUGGUUCUCGCGCUUUGACCCUGACACUAGAACAUUGCCUGCGGAACGUAAUAUCCUCGAUCAGGUUUGGCGAAAAAUUAGCUCACAUCUUAGUCACAUGCAUGAACAUGUUGUGGCUCGAGACUAUGCAAAAAAUGAUGGAUGGUUGAACCUGCAGCAGGAUGCUGUGUGUCUGGGUGUGGAGUUAGAGGACCUUCUUUUGGAUGGUUUGCUGGAUGAAUUAAUUCUUGAUUGUGAUGAUAUGUCAGGUUAUUAUUCUGUAUUUUCCUAGUUUAUGUUGCAUGUUGUAUAUAUCUUUGUAGCUAUAUAGUUCAAUCUGAUCGAUGUCAUUCACAUCUGUAUAGAGUGGAAUUCAUUGUACUAUAUAAAUUUUGCGAUCUACGGUAGUGAAUCAAAGUGCUUUUCAUCUGAUCUUUGUGUGUUGUUUAGCUC